AUGGGCAACUGCGGACUCGGAUCCUGGGCUGACGAUGAAGGAGAGCUGACGCAAGAGAGGCUGCUGGAAGCUGUAGAGUCGAUGGAUGUUGACGAGGUUGAGAGAUGCCUCAAUGGUGGAGUCCCUGUCAACAAGUCCAUAGAUGCAAAGGGUCAUACGCUGCUCGACAAGUUCGCAGCCGAGCACGCAGCGAUGUUGCGGGAUGCGCUUCACUACGCAGGCACACCUGGCGAGGCCACAAAGCUGCUUGUGGAGAAGCAGGACUUGGAACCAGGGAAACAGCUGCAUUGUAAUUAG